CUUCAGUCUCGUGCACGCGCUUCUGUGUAACCAUGAAGAAAGUUCGUCAGAGUUGUGCACGUUUGGAUACAAAUAUGAUGGAAGUGAAAAACGAGAGUCAAGCUGAACUGAAUGGUGCUGAUGGGAAACAUCACAAUGUGAAAACUACACAGAAAUCUAAAGAGAAACCGUUUGCAUGUUAUCAGUGUGGAAAGAGUUUUACAUUUAAAAGUGUCUUCAACACACACAUGAGAAUUCACACUGGAGAAAAAACUCACGCUUGCCAACAGUGUGGAAAGACUUUUAUAAAUACAGGAUACCUUAAGAAGCAUUCGAUAAUUCACUCGGGAAAGAAACCAUUUACAUGUCAUCAGUGCGGAAAGAGUUUCAAAUGGAAAUGUGUCCUCAACACACACAUGAGAAUACACACUGGAGAGAAACCAUUUAUAUGCCAACAGUGUGGACACUGUUUCAGACAGCACAAUCAGCUUGACUGUCACAUGAGAAUUCACACCGGAGAGAAACCAUUUACGUGCCUUCAGUGUGGAAGGAGUUUUACAAAUAAAGGUGACCUUAAGAGACACAUUAGGACUCACACUGGAGAGAAACCAUUAACGUGCCUUCAGUGUGGAAACAGUUUCAGACAGGACACUCACCUUGAGAGUCACAUGAAAAUUCACACUGGAGAGAAACCUCAUGUUUGCCUUCAGUAUGGAAAGAGUUUUACAAACUCAAGUGACAUUAAGAGACACAUGAGACAUCAUAGUGGAGAGAAACCAUUUUCAUGUCAUCAGUGUGGAAAGAAUUUCAAAUGGAAAAGUGCCUUCAACACACACAUGAGACAUCAUACUGGAGUGAAACCAUUUUCAUGUCAUCAGUGUGGAAAGAGUUUCACAUGUAAAAGCUCCCUCAACACACACAUGAGACUUCACACUGGAGAGAAACCAUUUAUGUGCUUUCAGUGUGGAAAGAGUUUUAGAUACAAGCAAAGCUUUAAUAAACACCAGUGCUCAACCUUUGAAGAGGAGACUUUCAAUUGAUCAUCACAUAUCAAGACUGUAUGUGGAAUGAGUUCUUAAGAUCUUGUCUGUUUGAAAGCUCAUGAGAGAAUUCACAUCAACGAGGGAGCUCAUAUGUGCUUUCAAUGUGGUAAAACAUCUAUCUUUUUAAUAUGUUUUUAAUUUCUGUGUUUUGUUUUUAUAUGUUAUAAGACAAGUGUAAAUUCAACACCAUUGCUAAAGUUUUUCUCAAUAAAACUGCAGUUU